AUAAAGUAGAUAAAGUGUUAGAAAAACUGAAACGGGACCUUUGUUCCAUUCCAACCAAACAUUUCUGCCAUUCUCUGAUUCAUGGCUUUAGCCAUUUCCUCCACUGCAUUGUCAAGCCUUCCAAACAGAGAAACACGUCAAAAGGUUUUCCCAGAAAGGACAGCCACAUGUUUGACCAUAACGAGAAGAACAACCAUUACACAUGCAACGAAAGGAGUGUCAGACGUGUGUCAACCACUUCCUCCAGAUAGACCAUUGUGGUUCCCUGGUAGUUCACCUCCUCCGUGGCUUGAUGGCAGUCUUCCCGGUGAUUUUGGUUUUGACCCUCUUGGAUUAGGGUCUGAUCCAGAGUUGCUUAAAUGGUUUGCUCAGGCAGAGCUAAUGCAUGCUAGAUGGGCAAUGCUUGGAGUGUCUGGAAUUCUCAUUCCGGAAUUGCUUGAAAUGGAUGGUUAUGUUAAGAACUUCUCUUGGUAUGAUGCUGGUGCUCGAGAGUACUUUACAGAUCCCACAACCUUGUUUUUUGUACAGUUACUCUUGAUGGGUUGGGUUGAGGGUCGAAGAUGGGCUGAUAUGGUUAACCCAGGUUGUGUUGACAUUGAGCCUAAAUUGCCAAAUAGGCCUAACCCAAAGCCUGAUGUUGGUUACCCUGGUGGGUUGUGGUUUGACCCCAUGAUGUGGGGACGAGGGUCCCCUGAGCCAGUCAUGGUGUUGAGGACCAAGGAGAUCAAGAAUGGUCGUCUUGCAAUGCUUGCUUUUGUUGGAUUUUGGUUCCAAGCUAUUUAUACUGGUGAAGGCCCCAUUGAAAAUUUGAUGGCACACAUUGCUGAUCCUGGUCACUGCAACAUUUUCUCGGCAUUCACAUCGCGGUAGUACUGUGGUUUGAAGAAAGGAAGAUAUGCAUCCGGAAUGAACAUGCAUUGUGCUGUAGUCACCAGUAAUGUCUUUUAUUUACUUCAUUAAACGUAUAAUGUGUUUCCAGUACGAGCUUUACAAUUGACACAAGGUUUUGAUUCUUUUAAACAAAACGAAAUUACUAUUGUUUUUUCUAUCAUUUAAACUAUAAUCAGCGAAGUUUCACAUA